CAGGUCCGGGCAGGUCCGGGUGGGAAGCAGGCAGCCGAGCCGGGACCCCGCUCCGGAGCCCGAGCGAGGACUCCGAGGCCGCGGCCCCGCCUCCUCCCCGCCCCGCGCCCGCCGCUAGCUGGUCGCGCCCCGAGCUCCGAGCCGCGGCGGCAGGGCCGCGCCGGAGCCACAGCCGCAGCCGCAGCCGCAGCCGGAAACCGGCCCGAGCCGGGCCCGAGGGUGAAGCCCGGUCCCGGCGGCGCCCGGAGCCGGACCCGAGCCCCGCGCGGCUCAUGGCGGGGCCGCGGGUCGCGCUGCUGGCCUGGUGCCGCCGCCAGUGCGAGGGCUACAGCGGCGUGGACAUCCGCGACCUGAGCAGCUCCUUCCGGGACGGCCUGGCCUUCUGCGCCAUCCUGCACCGGCACCGGCCCGACCUGCUAGAGUUUGAUUCACUUUCCAAGGACAAUGUCUUCGAGAAUAACCGUUUGGCCUUUGAAGUGGCUGAGAAGGAGCUGGGUAUCCCUGCUCUCCUGGACCCCAAUGACAUGGUCUCCAUGAGUGUCCCUGACUGCCUCAGCAUCAUGACCUACGUGUCCCAAUAUUACAACCACUUCGCCAGCCCUGGCCAAGCCGGUGUCUCAUCACCCAGAAAGGGCCUGGCAGCAUCCUCCCCGCCAUCUGAAGCACCCACUCCCGCGGAACCAGGAGACAGGGCUCAGGGCGGUGAGUGCUCCUCGGGCAGCCUGUCAGAGCAGGGCGCCCACCGGACCCCCAGCAGCACGUGUGCGGCCUGCCAGCAGCACGUGCACCUGGUGCAGCGUUACCUGGCCGACGGCAAGCUGUACCACCGGCACUGCUUCCGGUGUCGGCGGUGCUCCAGCACCCUGCUCCCCGGAGCUUACAGGAGUGGGCCAGAGGAGGGCACUUUCGUGUGUGCGGAGCACUGUGCCAGACUGGGCCCCAGUGGGCGGUCAGGGGCCAGGCCUGCACUCCCCCCACAGCCAAAGCAGCAGCAACUUACAGAAGAAGCCAAGGAUGUGGAGAGAGGCGGCCCCAGCCCUAACGCGGCUGCCGGGGCCGAGGUGGACGUACCCAAGGCCAGCCCCGAGGGCCGACCCCAGAUCCCCUCCAAGCCCCGGGUUCCCGGCAAACCACAGGAGCUGGCCAGCCCCCCGGGCAGCCGCCCCACACCUGCCCCCAGGAAGGCCUCUGAGAGCACAGCCCUGAUGCUCCCCACGCCCCGGCCCCGGUCCAGCCUACAGCAGGAGAACUUGGUGGAGCAGGGAGGCGGCAGCGGCCUGGUGAAUGGGAAGCUGCAUGAACCCCCCAUCCCCAAGCCCAGAGGGACACCCAAGCUGUCAGAGAGGACACCAGCCCCCAGGAAAGACCCCCCAUGGAUCACACUGGUGCAGGCAGAGCCAAAGAAGAAGCCAGCCCCGCUGCCCCCGAGCAGCAGCCCCGGGCCGCCGCCACCGGGCCGGGACAGCAGGCAGGUGGAGAACGGAGGUGUGGAUGAGGUGGCCCCACGGGGCCCGGAGGUGGCUGGCCCGGAGCCCAAGCCCUACAACCCCUUUGAGGAGGAGGAGGAAGAGCCCCCAGCUGCACCCAGCCCAGCCACCGGCCCUGCCCCGACUCACCCGGAGUCUACACCCAAGUCCCUGCACCCCUGGUACGGCAUCACCCCCACGAGCAGCCCCAGGACAAAGAAGCGCCCCGCCCCCCGAGCACCCAGUGCAUCCCCCCUUGCUCUCCACACCUCCCGCCUGUCACACUCGGAGCCACCCUCAGCUACCCCGUCGCCAGCCCUCAGCGUGGAAAGCCUGUCAUCUGAGAGCUCCAGCCAGCCCCCAAGUGGGGAGCUUCUGGAGCCGCCAGUUGUGCCCAAGAGCUCCUCAGAGCCUGCUGUCCAUGCCCCUGGCACCCCUGGGACCUCGGCCAGCCUCUCUGCCAACUCCUCCCUGUCCUCCUCUGGGGAGCUGGUGCAGCCCAGUGUGGACCGGACAGCUCAAGCCAGCCCUGGCCUUGCCCCCAAUACUAGGGGCAGCCCUGGUCCCCCUCCAGCCAAGCCCUGCAGUGGCGCUGCUCCCACCCCUCUCGUGCUGGUUGGAGACAAGAGCCCUGCGCCUUCCCCUGGAACCUCGUCCCCGCAGCUCCAGGUAAAGUCUUCCUGCAAGGAGAAUCCUUUUAACCGGAAGGCAUCACCCACAGCGUCCCCAACCGUAAAGAAGGCCACCAAGGGCUCCAAGCCAGCGAGACCGCCUGCCCCAGGACACGGCUUCCCGCUCAUCAAACGCAAGGUUCAAGCUGACCAGUACAUCCCCGAGGAGGACAUCCAUGGAGAGAUGGACACCAUCGAGCGCCAGCUGGAUACCCUGGAACACCGUGGGGUCCUGCUGGAGGAGAAGCUGCGUGGUGGAGUGAACGUGGGCAUCUGGUUUCCAGAGGGCCGUGAGGAUGACAUGCUGGUGGACUGGUUCAAGCUCAUCCACGAGAAGCAUCUGCUGGUUCGGCGGGAGUCCGAGCUCAUCUAUGUCUUCAAGCAGCAGAACCUGGAGCAACGCCAGGCCGACGUGGAGUAUGAACUCCGGUGCCUUCUCAACAAGCCAGAAAAGGACUGGACAGAAGAGGACCGGGGCCGAGAGAAGGUGCUGAUGCAGGAGCUCGUGACCCUCAUCGAGCAGCGCAACGCCAUUGUCAGCUGCCUAGAUGAGGACCGGCAGAGGGAGGAAGAGGAAGAUAAGAUGUUGGAAGCCAUGAUCAAGAAGAAAGAGUUCCAGAAGGAGGCUGAACCCGAGGGCAAGAAGAAGGGGAAGUUCAAGACCAUGAAGGUGCUGAAGCUGCUAGGAAACAAGCGUGAUACCAAGAGCAAGUCCCCGGGAGACAAGAGCUAACAGCGCAGGCUGCCAGCUGGGGACUCCACCGCUCCUGGCUCGCCCCCGGGCUGUGCUCUGCCAGGGACGCCCAGCUUCCCUUCAGGAUCAGUCGAGGGGAAAGAUGACUUAAGGGGAGGGAGCCUCUGGGUGAUGGCCUCUCCCUCCUCAGGGUCCUCUGGCUGGCCUGGGCCAAAGAGUUUUCUUCCCUCUCCUCUGAGCCACCGGCAGCUGCGCCUCAGCCCUGCCCAGCCUGGUUGUGAUGACCCCAGAUGCUGUGACUGACCCAGGGAGCGAGCCGGCUCCUGGGUCCGGGGAGCGGCCGCAGCCGAGCACACCCGCCCCUCGUCCCACCCAGCACCUGGCCUGCCGUGCCGGGCAGCUCCUUGGUCCCUCUUCCCUUCUGUACCACGUGCAGAGGGGAUCCUUACCUCUCAGAGUCUUUGGGUCUUUCUGCCCACGAGGUCUGCCCAGGGUGGACCUCUGGCCUGGGUCUCCUGCCCCCAGGGCUCUGCCCUCUUGGCGGGCCAGUAAGCCGGGCUCGGCCACGCUGGUGCCUUCCCGCCCCUGCCCUGGUUCUGAGUCCCUGUCUUCCUUUCGGUGCAGGCGGCCCUGACUCUCUUUCUCCUCACUCAGGACCUCUAUUUAUGAAGUCUCUUAAUUAAGUUUGAGGUAGUUACUGUGUCCUCAGACACGAGUGGGCCGGGACAGAUCCCUCCCUCUGUUCCUCAGAGUUCUAGGAGCUUCCCUCGUCUCCCCUUAUUCUGUAGGAGGUCUCCCUGUCCAGGACACCGUGCUGGGGUGGGUGGGAGCCGAGUGCUGAGCCCCCGCAGGGAGGGUCCCGGGGAGGCAGGCCCCAGCUGCAGUUCUGGCCCCUGCCCCUCAGCCAGAUCGGCAGCAGGCGGGGCUGCUGCCGUAGGUGCUAACCCUGGUCCUUUACCGCACUGCAGCCCGGCCCCUCCUUUAGGCUCUCCCCGCCACCCCAGGGCUGGGGCGCAGUGGACCCACUCCCGGGCGGUCAUCGCCAGCCUGUCUUCUCACACUCGUCUGUUGUCUGUUCUCUCCUGACUUGUUGCUACCGAAGGACUCAUGGUCGCUCACCCCCUGGGAUGGCUGUGGGAGCGGAGGAGCCGAUGGGGACCACCACCUUCCCCCCAGGGAAUGUGCCCAGCAGCUCUUGGUCAAAGCACUGUUGCUGUAAGCUAUUUCCGGGGUGCCUCUAGGGCCCCCUUCCCUCAGCACACCUAUGGGGAAAGAUCGCACUGUAUUAAUUUGAGAGGGUUUUCCUCACCGACAAUAAACGGAGACCACCUCAGUCGCCAGUGCCCUGCAGCCUCAAGGUGCCUUCCCCUCGCCAGGCCUGCCUUCUUCCCUGCCUCUGCCAGGCCUCGAGGCCGGCAUCUCUGCUUGCCGAGGAGGGCGUGGAGGGGCUGUCCACCGCCGGGGGCCCUGGCCCUCACUGCCUGCCCCCCAGGCAGGACCCCUUCCUCUGCAGGGACAGGUGGCUCCCGCGCCUGUGCAGCCCCCGGCCACCUCCUUCCUGACAUGCCUGUUGACCUGCAGCUGGGGUCACCAACUCCAGCGGCAGGUGACACACGUGAACCGGGCUGGGUGUGUCCUGAGGGACGGCCCCGACACCCAGGUGGUGGGGACUGGGGUGAAUGGGGGUGGAUACGCCGCAACUAGAGGGGAAGUUCUCCCUCAUUUAAGUCGACUGUAGCCUGUGGGAUGUGGGCCCAGUGGGGCCAGAUCUUUCCAUUUUUCAAGAGAAACUGGAAAUCCA